AUAGUGUGGAGAUCUACACAGGCUGGGGCCCUAACAGAGCGGGGCUUCCUCCGACAUGCCUGCUCGUAAAUCAGUACCAGGCUAACUGUGCAGCGCCCGCUGUCCUUAAAACGUGUUGGGAUUCCAGUGGUACAUGUUUGUCGCUCGCUCCCUGAUCAAGAUGUCGACUCCCAAUUCGCUGUUGAGGCUGGAGCAGCGAGCGGCGGAAGCCGACCAGCUCAUCGAGUUCCUGAAGCAGCAGGUCCAGCUGCUGAAGGAGAAAGCCUCGGUCCAGGCCAGCGUGAGAGAGGAGAAGAGACUGACGGCGGAGAACGCCAAGCUGAAGAACGACAUCGAGGAGCUGAAGAAACAGCUGCUGGAGAGAGAAAAAAGGAGAGGGGUGCGGGACAUUGCCAUGCCGACGGGUGACGCCGGUGCUGAUGUGGGUUCGAAGCCCGCUCCUCCCAAACCGUCUGCUGCUCCAGCCUCUGGUUCCCUGCCCUCUGCUGCCCAGAACCCCCAACCCAAAGACGAACCCAAGAAGAAGAAGCAGGAGAAAAAAGGUGAGAAAGCAGAGAAGAAGGCAGCGGCUCCGAGCCAGGAGGACGCCAAGGUGGACGUGUCCCGUCUGGACCUGCGUGUUGGCCGUAUAAUCACAGCUGAGAAGCAUCCGGACGCCGACAGCCUGUAUGUGGAGCAGGUGGAUGUGGGCGAGGCGGCGCCCCGGACCGUGGUCAGCGGACUGGUCAAGCACAUCCCUCUGGAACAGAUGCAGAACCGGAUGGCGGUGAUGCUGUGUAACCUCAAACCGGCCAAGAUGAGAGGCGUGGUGUCCCAGGCCAUGGUCAUGUGUGCCAGCUCGCCAGACAAAGUGGAGAUCCUGGACCCUCCGAGCGGAUCCGUCCCCGGGGACAGAGUCAGUGUCCAAGGCUUUCCAGGUGAACCAGACAAGGAGCUGAACCCUAAAAAGAAAGUGUGGGAGCAGGUUCAGCCUGAGCUGCGCACCGACGACCUCUGCGUCGCGACCUACAAGGGAGCCGCCUUUGAAGUGGUCGGGAAGGGAGUGUGCAAAGCCCAAACUAUGAGUAACAGCGGAAUCAAAUGAAAUAGCGGAGCUGCCUGGAAUAGCUCGGUGUUUACUCUGCCGAUGACCGCAAAUGGUGAUGAAUGAGAGGAAAUGCUUUUAAGAUGUUUAAUAAAGCAUUUGGAUUGA